UCUGCCAUUUUCAAUUUCCAGAGCCUGCUGAUAGUGAUUCUUCUGUUAAUAUGUACCUGUGCUUACCUACGCGCCUUGGUCCCCAAUUUACUAGAUAAAAAUAAAACAGGAAUCCUUGGCAUAUUUUGGAAGUGUGCAAGAAUUGGUGAACGGAAAAGUCCGUAUGUUGCAGUAUGCUGUGUAGUGAUGGCCUUUAGCAUCCUCUUCAUGCAGUAGUCCUGACAUGACAUCUCAAUGUUACCUUUUGGCCAAGACUCAUUUUUCAACUAUAAAAAAUAUGUACAGACUCUCAAAAAUGUGUAAAAAUGGACCAACUGUCUCUUGCUGAGGAAUACUUAUAAAUACUUUUCAUAUUCAGAAUUGUGGUGCAUUUGUGAAGAUAUCUGUCCAAAUAUGGAUCUACCUGCUAUUCAGAAACAUGGUGGGCUGUCUUAUCAAAAGUGCUAUGGGUUUAUUUUUUAAACUGAUUUAAUAAAUAAAAUUGUUCUGCCCUUUUCCUUACAGAAAUUCCUUGGUUGUAAUAUUCACAAAAGAUAUCUGCUGUUAUUUAGACCCAGUUAAUAGUAGUUUAUAUUACCUAAAUAACUACUUGGUAUGGCCAUAAAUUUUUUUUUUUUCCAAAUGUUCACUAAAGAUACUGUGUUAAAGGUAAUUUAUGCUACCUGUAGCUAAAUAUGCUAUUGAAAAUGUUUCGGGCACAAACUGUUUUUAAACUUCUGACUGUUGAGUAAACAAAUACAAGAUAUUUAUAAUCUA